GACUUCACUCUCAACGGAAAGAAAAUCACUUUAUUUAGCGGUUCUUUGCAUUACUUCCGAUUACCGAAAGGCUACUGGAAGGACAGGCUGUUAAAGUUCAGGGCCGCCGGACUUAACACCGUACAAACCUACUCACCCUGGAAUCUUCACGAGCCAAUACCGGGUCAGUUUGACUUCGAGACCGGUUUCUUGAAUUUGGUUGACUUCCUGAAGGCCUGCAAAGAGGCGGAUAUGUUUGUGGUGUACCGUCCGGGCCCUUACAUAUGCGCUGAAUGGGAAUUGGGUGGAUACCCGGCUUGGUUUCUAAGAGACCCUAACAUCAGAUUUAGGUCCAACUAUAAGCCAUAUCUGGAAGCUGUGGGCAAAUACUAUACGAAAGUGUUAUCCCUUAUCAAUGACUACCAGUUUCAGAAAGGAGGGCCUAUUAUAGCCCUGCAGUUUGAGAACGAGUUCGGAGGCAUUCAUAGUAAUGAUGAUAAGGAGUACUUCGAGUUCAUGAAGAAUACCAUAGAUUCCCACGGAUUCAAAGAAUUGCUCAUUAAUUGUGAUUACGGAUCCAAUCCAGUGGAGGCUAUGAAACAUAUAUUACCAGGUGUCUUAGAGACCGAGAACGUUAACGGCGAUUCAUUGAAACAUUUGACAGAAUUACGCGCAGCACAGCCUAAUAAGCCCCUACAUGUCACUGAAUGGUGGCCAGGGUGGUUUGACAAGUGGGGGGAGAAGGGUCACCACACUAUGGAUGCCAACUAUUUUGAAAAGGAGAUCACGGAUGUACUGUUCAAGGCCAAUUCAUCGGUUAAUUUCUAUAUGUUUUUCGGUGGCACUAACUUUGGGUUUAUGAAUGGGGACCGAGUGGUGACCAGUUAUGAUUAUGAUGCACCGCUAUCUGAGACGGGCAAUUAUACCGCAAAGUAUUGGAAAACUAAGGAAUUGGUUGAGAAGUUCACGAAAGAGAGAGGUUUACCACAACUUUUGGUACCAAAACCC